UUAAUUUUUUUUAGGUUAGUUUUAUUUUAAUACGUUUCCGAUAAUUUUAUCGUAUAAUGAACGAAAACAAAUCAGUUAUCAUAAAUAUAAACCGUUUAUGCAGAACUUGUCUCAUAGAAAAUAAAGAUGAAGACCCACAAACUUUAUUUGAACACUCUCUGGAUGUUAUGUUAAAAAACUUGACCGGAAUUGAGGCUACGGAAAACGACGGACUUCCUACAUAUAUUUGCAAACAAUGUUUAGUCCAAUUGAAUUCAGCAUAUUCGUUUAAAAUACAAUGUGAAAAAUCGGAUUUAAAUUUAAGAGAAAUACAACGAAAUGAAUCUAAAAAGAUUUUAAUCAUUAAUUUAAAUACUGAGGAAAAUGUCGAUAAUCUGGAAGAAAUUAAUGAAGUUGAAAAAAUACCAGAAGAUGAAAUUGAUUUAAAAUCAAACGAGCUUAAAAAGACAACCUGUCCAGUUUGUUCAAAAGAUUUUUCUUUCGUAAAACAAUUAAACAAUCAUUUAAAAAGUCACUCUGAAUAUAAACCUUAUGUUUGUACAGUUUGUUCAAAAUCUUUCAAUGCAGCAGGAAGUCUUUCAAAACAUAUGAGAACUCAUGGUGGUGAAAGAAAACAUCUUUGUAUGGAAUGUGGGAAACGAUUUUAUGAACAUGGACAUUUAGCAAUUCAUAUGCGAACUCAUUCCGGUGAAAAACCAAUCAUUUGUAAUAUUUGUGGAAAAUCGUUUGCUGAUCCCAGAGGAUUAGUUGCUCACACUAAAACUCACACUGGUGAAAAAAAUUACGAAUGUAAUAAUUGUGGUAAACGUUUUGCCCAUUCCUUUGCAUUAACAGCUCAUAAACGAACUCACACAGGUGAACGUCCAUAUAUUUGCUCAAUUUGCGGCGCGGGAUUCGCUACAUCAUCUUAUUUAAAAAUUCACAUCAGAACUCACACUCAAGAACGGCCGUACGUUUGUGAAUCAUGUCCCAAAGCUUUUGUAAGUAAAUGCGCGUUGGUUGCGCAUAAUCUUACUCACACCGGCGAAAAGAAAUAUAAAUGUUACAUUUGUGGUAAACGAACUGGAAGAGCUGCUGAUUUAACUAUUCAUAUGCGAUCUCACACCGGCGAGAAACCAUACGUUUGUGAUAAAUGUCCAAAAUCGUAUCACACCUCCAGCAAUUUAGCGGCGCAUAAAAAAACACAUCUAGGAAUAAAAGAUCAUAUUUGUUCAAUAUGUCAAAAAGCUUUCGGUGAUUCUAGAACUUUAAAAUGCCACAUGCGAACUCAUACGGGUGAAAAACCGUAUGUUUGCCAAAUUUGUGGGAGUCGAUACACGCAAUCUGGACAAUUAGCAGUUCAUAGGAAAACUCAUCAACCGAAAUCAAAUUAAAAUGUUUUUCAGUAUUUCAUCCAGUGAUUUUUUUUGUGAUAUAAUAAACUAAAUAUA